AGGACACCAAAGGCGCAGAUGAAGAGUUGAAGAGUUCCUAGGUACCGGCUGGCACUGGCCGGGCACCUCCCAAGUAGGAAGCGCGAGCGCGCACUACAAGUCCCAGAAGCUCCCGCUUCCUGGAGCCCGCGCCGCGCCGCCCCGCGCAACGCCCGCCGGGAGUCGGCACGAGCCGCCAAGAUGUCGCAGCCCAAGAAAAGAAAACUUGAGUCGGGGGGCGGUGGCGAAUUAGGGGAGGGAACUGAAGAGAAAGAUGGCGGAGAGCGGGAGGCGGCCCUGCUGCGACCCCGGAGGACUAGGCGGGAGCGAGACCAGCUGUACUACGAGUGCUACUCGGACAUAUCAGUCCACGAGGAGAUGAUUGCGGACCGUGUCCGCACAGAUGCCUACCGCCUGGGCAUCCUGCGUAACUGGGCAGCGCUGAGAGGCAAGACAGUGCUGGACGUGGGCGCGGGCACCGGCAUUCUUAGCAUCUUCUGUGUCCAGGCCGGGGCCCGGCGCGUGUACGCGGUGGAGGCCAGCGCCAUCUGGCAACAGGCCCGGGAGGUGGUGCGGCUCAACGGGCUGGAAGACCGGGUGCACGUCCUGCCUGGGCCGGUGGAAACGGUGGAGUUGCCGGAGCAGGUGGAUGUCAUCGUUAGCGAGUGGAUGGGCUACGGGCUCUUGCACGAGUCCAUGCUGAGCUCUGUGCUCCACGCACGGUCCAAGUGGCUGAAGGAGGGCGGUCUUCUCUUGCCGGCUUCCGCCGAGCUCUUCGUGGCGCCUAUCAGCGACCAGAUGCUGGAGUUGCGCCUCGGCUUCUGGAGCCAGGUGAAGCAGCUCUAUGGUGUGGACAUGAGCUGUCUGGAGAGUUUCGCCACGCGCUGCAUCAUGGGCCACUCGGAAAUCGUGGUGCAGGACCUGUCCGGCGAGGAUGUGCUGGCCCGGCCGCAGCGCUUUGCUCAGCUAGAGCUCGCCCGCGCCGGUCUAGAGCAGGAACUGGAGGCUGGGGUGGGUGGGCGCUUCCGCUUCAGCUGCUACGGCUCGGCCCCCAUGCACGGCUUUGCCAUCUGGUUCCAGGUGACCUUCCCCGGAGGAGACUCGGAGAAACCCCUGGUGCUGUCCACCUCGCCUUUUCACCCGGUCACGCACUGGAAGCAGGCACUCCUCUACCUGAACGAGCCUGUGCCAGUGGAGCAAGAUACGGACAUUUCCGGAGAGAUCACUCUGCUUCCCUCCCGGGACAACCAUCGUCUCCUGCGGGUGCAGCUGCGCUACAAAGUGGGCGACCAGGAGGAAAAGACCAAAGACUUUGCCAUGGAGGACUGAGCGUUACCUUUUCUCCCAGCCACCUCCCAAGGCGGCCAGACCUGCGUAGUAGAGGCGGAGGGGGUUCGGAGGAGAAAGGGAGAUCCCACCAGCAAGUAGGGGGCACUAUCUUCUGUCUCCCUUUUCCCUCUUGGCUCCCGGGGAGGGAGAGUGACUUCAGUCUCCCUUGGAGGAGAGUCUUCUGGCGAUAUUUAUUAAAAAAGUGAAUCCGAUGCCCCCAACGUUGGAAACAGUGUUUUUAUUAAUAGGCUUUUAAGCCUCAAAAGCAUAUGGUACCAAGCACUUGUAUUUCUUUUUUGUUUGUUUCACGGAAAAAAAGAAAACACAGAAGAAAAUGUCAGUUUAUGAAGGAUCCCUGACACUUAACACCUUAUCUAAGUUAGAGAAGCCAGGGAGAACGGUGUUGUUUGACAGUAUCAACAUGGCUGUAUAUGACAAGCAAUGUAUGACACUGGAUACCAGAUGAUCCAAAGGAACCCCAAGGCCUUUGGCGUGAGGACACUUCCAGAAGGACGAGAGUGUGAGAUGCAACAACAUCCAGGCACUGUCCAAUCUCUGUAUGAACUGGUAUUGAUUGCUUAGGGCCAUCUGAGCCACAGAAGGAACUUCCAGCCCUAAGGAGAGAAACACAUGCGGAAGUUCUACCUGCUUUCCUCGAAUAGUUUACAUUCAUUUAGCACUGUGAAACUUUCCAAAUAUUUCCAUUAAUUCGCUGGACCAAUGGGCAUUUU